AUGCAAGUGACAGGAUUUCAGCUGCGGAAGGAAGUGGCCCUGUUUGGAUCUCCGGAGCAAAGCAGGACCACGAGGUCGGCACCUGGCUGGGGCUGGCUCUUUCUCCCAGUUUGCUGGGCUCUGGGUCCCAGGGAGGUCAGCAGCCAGGUCAGAGAGAUCCUCUCCCUCCACUGCAGGUGACCCCGGGGCUGGGGCUACGACGCGUGCUGGUGUCGAGGGCCAGCCAACUCCUGCUGCAACGCGGUGGAGAUGACAGGGUGAGAAGUACGGCGGGUAUCCAUCCAGGACAGCCACAUCUUCUGCAUGGUCCUGCUCACUGUGGAGGACCUCUCCAAUGCGGAUACUGGGAGUUACUGGUGUGGGGUUGAAAGGAUGGGUAGAGGCCUGAUGGAGCUGGUGACAGUGAAGGUGGUCCCAA